GCUGGUUUAUUCUCAUAUAUCAAAAAGAAAAAAGAAAAAAAACAUGUAUGUAAGUAAGUGGGAAAAAUAGUCAUUAAUUUCCACUCUCAUAUAUAAAGCAGCAAAAGUGGCAUUGAGCCCCUAACAGUAUCUCCUCAUUUCUCAACUGCUAUGAAAUUAAUAUUUUGAAGGAAAAAUAAAAAAAAGAAAUAGGUCUGGCCGGGUUAAGGAUUUUGUUGAGUAGAUUGGGAAGAAGGUAUCGAAGAAAGAAAUUGAAAAUAAAAGUGAUGGAUGAUUGGUGGCAUAAAAUGGUGUUUCCUGUAAGGCGUGUUUGGUUUGCUCUUUCUGCUCGUGUUAAAGCUCGUAAUAAUGGUGCUGGACUUUUGAAGCUUCAUGACGACAUACAAACUUGUGGGUACGAGGAUGUUCAGGUUAUGUGGGAAAUGCUUAGAAAAACCGAGACAGAAGUGACAUCUCGACACCAUAAACACAAGCGCCGACCACUGUGGAGAAUAUUUGUAUGGUCCAGUAAUAGUUCCAACUCAUCCUUCUCCUCAGACCAUGCUCAUCAAUAGACAACUUGCUGCAUCUUCAACAGUAAUAAAAAGAGUGUCUGGAGAAUCAAGACAUGUAUGGCAACUUCGAUUUCUUCAACCCCAUAGGGUGGUUAUCAGCAUAGGAUGAAGUAUAUCUAUUAGACCUCUAUAGCUAGCAUGACCAUAAUGAGACUUAUCUAUGAUGGUGUGAGUCUGUAAAUAUACCAUCUUUGUGAAGAGCCCCAUGAUCAUGUUUCAGCAUUGAACAGAGAAAAAAAUAACUGUGAAGAGCUCAAUUUUCCUCUGGAAGGUUAAUUUAUGCUAUAUUAUGCUUUUACA